ACUUACACCGAUCAAAAAGCUCAAAUUAAGUAAAAUGAUGGAGGAAGAACAUAUAUGAUGUGAUCAUGGCGAGCAGCGAAGGUCGCGAGCUGUUCGUGUGGGACUGUGGCAGCCCGUUGUACGACUCCCACGAGGUCGCGUCGCUUGGCCACCUCAUCGACCGCCGGACCAUGUCCCUGCCGUGGUACUCCGGCCGCUGGAUCAUUAAUCCGCCGCCGUCUGCACCCACCGGACCCGACGCGGCCCGGCGGCCGAGCACGGUGAGAUCAUUGGCGGCGAAUCUGGUGAGGAGGAGGCGGGAGAGUAAGAGCAGCAGUAGCGAGAACAGUAGGGCGGCAGCGGCGGCGGCAGCUAAAACGACUGCGUUUUGGCUUGUCAAGAUGAGUUGCUUCGCCGCCGGCUUCUGCAAGCCGAAUUCUUCCGUCGAUGUCAUUGACAUGUUGUAAAACUUUUUUUUCUAGUGUAAUUUCUUUAGUCAAAGUAACUGCUUCCACGUUUAAUUUGAGGUUGAUAUAGUUGGAUUGAGUUUUAUCCGAUAAUAUUACAAUCUUUAAAAGUGUAUUCAGACUUCGAGUACUCGUUCAAUUCGACGAUUUGAAAAUGUACAGAAGGCUUCUCACACACCUUCGGGGCUGCAAAAUUUAUGUCAACGAGGGAUUAGCGUUCGGCGUCUACUAAAAAUUAGAUGGACCAUCGAGUGACUUACUUAAUUCAAUCAGUUGUAGAAUGUACGGGAUUGUGUGAUAAAUUGAAUUGUACAUG